GUCCACUGAGGCAAAGAGGGGGAUAGCGGGGAGGAAGAGCAGCAGCGUCGGCAGCGAGCAUCAGUCACCUUGGGGCAGAGGGCGAGAUGAUCGGCAGCCUCUCUGCUCACCUCUCACUGAUCAUCUCUCAUUGAUUCAUCUCCGUUUACUCUCCAGCAACAUGAGCUCCUCGCCAGCCAACCUUCACGGCAAACGCCUGCCCUCGGAGACCGAGCGAGGCCAGAGGCUCCAAGAUGUGGACUCAGCACAGCAGCUCAAGCUGAGAGAGAGACAGCGUUUCUUCGAGGAGGUUUUCCAGCAUGACGUGGACGUCUACCUGUCCUCCGCGCACCUGUGUAUCCGAGACUAUAAGAGGCCUCCAAUUGGCAGCAUCUCGUCCAUGGAGGUGAACGUGGACUUGCUGGACCAGAUGGAGCUGAUUGACAUCCCUGACCAGGAGGCCUUGGAUGUCUUUUUCAGUUCUGGUGGAGAAGACGGAGUGCUGACCUCCCCGCUGCCAGGAAACAACAACAACAACGAAGUCAUCAGUAAUGGACUCUUUCGACACGUCCUUGAAGGUCUUGAUGCCAAGUCCCGCACGUCCUCCACGUCGUCAAACUCCUCCUCUGACAGUCAGACCACCAACGCCAACGGAGGAGACACCCCCAUUGUCAGGUCGGAAGAUGAGGAAACGCACACCAGCACAGUCAAGCGAAGAGCCGUGCCUCCAGAGAUUGAGAGGGUGAAAACUCAGACUCCAUCUUCCUAGAAUGCAUCCUCUCCACAAUACUUCUCCACCUGCAGCGCGGUGACUGACACCGCAGCCCGGGCAAAGAGUGGACUCUGGGAUGCAAGCUAUUUGAAGAGGCCUCUCAGCCAGGACACACUGGCGCUUAUAGCUGCUUUCAAACUUCCCUUUGAUUUAUGAGUUGUGUUCUGUGUGUGUUUUGGAGGUGGAGACUGGGAACUGUACAUAUGGAGAUUUAUUAAUUCUCACCCGUUUCCAUUUAUGUUUUGGCAUGAUGUGAAAGAUAAGAUUUGCUCCCCGGUUUCUGACCUUACGGGACUUGUUGCUGAUAAAUGAUGCUUUUUUUACAGUAUUAACACAACCCAGGGCAGUAAAGCAGUUACUAGAAGAAUACAAUGAUGAUUGGGUGACUUGAGGUAAAUUUGGCAAUAGAAGGCUUCAUACUGUUAAAAGUUCUGUAUUUGAAAGCAACACAUUUCCUGCCGAUGCAAAAUUCACAGUUUUCUAGCUCCAACUUUAAAUGAUUCUCUAACAAGAUAUCUUUGGUUUAACAAUAAAGGAAG